GAACAGAAACCUCUAUUAGAACCCUGUACUGUUAUAAAUCCAGCAAACAAUGGCUUUUAUGAUCUAUCUGAUUUAUAUUCUUCUGUUGCAUUGGCUUCCUCGAGCUCAAAUUCAAAUCCAAACGCAGUAAUAAACCCCAAUUCUAAUUCAAACAACGGCGCCUUAGCUCCUGGUCCCUCAACCCCUGGUGCUGUUGGUUGGAACGCAAAGGGUCAUGACUAUGGAAUGAACUUCACGUUGGGCAUUUGCUCAUCUCCUUUGAAACCAAACAAUGAAGUUGUUGAUAUCACAAACACCUCAUUGGUUGGUGCUUAUUAUACCGAUUUUGAAGGCCAGAAAUUCUCAAUCGGCAAUUUCAAUACUACUCCAAUCUUUAGAGGCAGAAAACUAACUUUAACCUACCAAAAUGGCAGUUAUUGUCCCAAUACAAAUAACCACUUAAGAAAAUCAAGUAUCUUAAACUUUAUUUGUGAUAAGGAAUUGUUAACUAAAGCUUCUAUAUCUUUUGUUGGAGUCUUGAAUGAUUGUGAUUAUUUCUUUGAGGUCAGGACAAGUCAUGCUUGCGUUACUUCAAAAAAGACUGACAAUUUAACUGCUAUUUGGAUCUUUUUAUCAAUUGUAAUGGCUUUUUUAAUUGUUUCCUGCGGUGGUGGUUUCCUUUAUAAA